UGUGCGUUUUGCCCUUAUUUCAAGUUUAUUAUAUUGAUCGUAAAGACACCCUUCCACUACAACAAUGGUCGACCCCCUAAGAAAAGAUCGAUCGGUCUGGAGUGAUUUCAUUCAGCUGUACCGGCAUAACGGCACUGCAGCAGCCAACGGUAGGGCCGCUUACAUCUGCCGUAUUUGGCCACAAUAACGCCCUAACAAGAGCUGGAUUGUUGUGGCUAUCUCCAUCCCGAUAGACAGGUAACCCUCGGGCGGAGACGUCGGCUCCUUCCUCUGUACCAGACCGUUUGCACCCCGAUGGUUACAGUCUGAUAACCCCGGCGUCUGGGAUAUUCCGAGUCGGCCUUUUCUGUAGGAGAGCAGGCAACGAUGGACCCAUGGGAGGCCGCAUCUAUCCGUGGCCAUCGCACAGAGAUUGUCCAGAGCCUCCGUGUCCAGGAUGUCCGGGCAUACAUGAUUCAGGAGGGGGUCAUGGACCCGGAACACUUCGAGGACAUCGAAUGUGAACGCACACGGGCAUCAAAGGUUGAGCGUUUCCUGGACAUCCUGGCCACACGGGGACCGAGGGCCUUUCCUGUCUUCCUGACUGCCCUGGAGGAUUUCGGGUACCCACAUCUAGCCGACAUGCUGUUGAGGGCACCGACGGAUGUAGACGGCUGCCUCGGUGGCGUUGUUUUACUGGAGGACACCAUAGCAAAAUGUCGAGAGAACCUGAAGAAAAGAUACCUGUGUGAGUACGGGUGGAUUCAGCCCAUCCCCUGGAACCCGGCUUUUCGUCUUCAUCUGGAUGAGGUUUAUACAAACUUGGCUAUCGUGGAAGGGAAGCGGCGAAGCGUAUCAGCAGACUGCAUGGAGAAGUCCUACAGCUUUCAGGAAGAGUGGCUUUUUGAUGACGGGCCUUCCUGCGUUCUCGUAGAAGGGCCUGCUGGCAUCGGUAAAACCAUGCUCUGUCACAAAAUCGCCUACGACUGGGCGCAGGGCACUAUCCACUCACUGAAGAAGUUCAAGUUGGUGUUUCUUGUUGAGAUGAAUAAAAUCAGCUUUCCUUCCAUGAAAGAUGUGAUCGUCAAGAUCAUCGCAGCAGAUGAAUCAGGAAGUGACGAGGUGGAGGCGAUUUGGGACUUUGUCUCAUCCAACCCCGAGCAGAUCCUAGUCAUCAUGGACGGGCUGGAUGAGGUAAGGUCUCCUCACAAGGCCAAGAUGGCGGAAUCGUUCAGCAAGUCUCCACUCCGCCGUGCCUUCUCCUUGAUCACGACUCGGCCGGAGAGCAACUGCCCCCUGCUGAGGAGCUGUGACAAGGCCUACAUCUUAGAGGGGCACACCGCAGAGAGCCUGUCAAAAUUCAUCAAACGAUACUUUAGGGAAGACAGGGCCUCCGCAGACGGUCUUCUCCAGCGAAUCCGAUCGAAUACUCCUCUCUCAGGGAUCGCGUUGAACCCGCUGAAUGCGGUUUUUCUGUGCGCCCUCUGGGAGGAUAACCAGGGUGCCCUCCCCGCCACACUAACACAGCUGUACUCCACACUCAUAGAAUGUUUGGUGCGCCGCUACUUCGAACGGAUCGGACAGCCCUGCUCGGAGGCCGAACUUGUUCUCGCUGAUGUUCGUAACGUCCUCGUCACCCUAGGCCAGGUCGCCUUCAAGGGGCUCGAAGAAAACCGUAUGGUGUUUCAGGAACCAGAGUUGGAGGACAUUCCAAACCUUAUUCACGUAGGACUUCUCGCUCAGGACACUUGGGCAAGGCGUCUGUCUCAGCGUCCGUGGCGCUUCCUUCACAAGACGAUCCAAGAGUAUCUCACCGCAUACUACCUUGCCGAGUCGGAGCAAGGCUUUACCGUCGAACAAUUCGCGAAGGUCAUUCCGAACCCUGACAUGUACAUGGUGUGCAUAUUCCUGGCAGGGCUCUUGAAGGAUCGCGCUCAUUACUUCUUCGAGACAUGGACAGAAGUUAGGGACAAAAGUGAGCUGGCGAACAACUUAUGUCUAUCUUGUUUGUACGAGUGUGCUCCUCACAGUGAACUGGUGGAGAUUGUUCUACCCUCCUUUGUUGACGACGGGUCCUUCGAUGUGACCACAAAGCUGAAG